GGGGGAGAGAGAGAGUUGAAUAAGGAAAUAGCAGACACUUCAAACUGGAAUGCUUUUGAUGACACAAGUUAAGACCAAGUUCCAAGUCCAGGGCCACUAGACCCCUGAGACACUGGUGUGGAUCAGACCAUUAUAAAGGAUGGGUUCCAGCUGCAGUGGUCAGAAACGUCAGAAAGAUGACAUCCACCACCCCGGGAAAGGCUCUCAAACCACCAACACCUCCAACCACACUGCACACAAUACGGAACAGGCCUCCGGUAAUGACGAAGACGUUGUCAUUGCUCUGCACGACUUCAAAUCAACCGCGGACAAUGACCUACCAUUCAGAAAGGGAGAGAGGCUUCAGAUCCUCCAGGAGAAUGGGGACUGGUGGCUUGCUAAGUCACUGGCGACGGGAGAGGAGGGGUGCAUUCCAUGUACCUAUGUGGCCAGAGUAGACACCCUAGAAAUGGAAAAAUGGUUCUUCAAGGACCUGAGUCGUAGAGAGACAGAGCGUCUGCUCCUGGCUCCGGGGAAUAAAUCCGGGUCAUUUCUAGUUCGAGAGAGUGAGACCACCAAAGGUGCUCUCUCCCUGUCCAUCAGAGACGUAGGGCCAGAGCAUGGGGAUGUGGUGAAGCACUACAAGAUCCGUUCCCUGGAUAACGGAGGGUUCUACAUCUCUCCGUCCACCUCCUUCUCCUCCCUGCAGGAGCUGGUCAAGUACUAUACCCGUACGUGUGAUGGGUUGUGUCAGCGUCUGAACGCCCCCUGCAAGCCGAAGGCCCCCGUUCAGCCAUGGGCCCAGGACGAGUGGGAGAUCCCCAGAGACACGCUGAAAAUGAUCAGGAAGUUGGGAGCAGGACAGUUUGGAGAAGUCUGGAUGGGUUACUAUAAGGGCAAUCAGAAGGUGGCGGUGAAAACCCUGAAGGAAGGGACCAUGGAGCCUGAGGCCUUCCUCCAGGAGGCCAACCUGAUGAAGCAGCUGCAACACGACAGACUGGUCCGCCUCCACGCUGUCGUCACCAUGGAACCCAUCUACAUCGUCACGGAGUUCAUGAUCAAUGGAAGUCUGUUGGACUUUCUGAAGACAGACAUGGGCAAGAAGUUGAAGCUCACCAAACUGAUAGACAUGUCAGCCCAGAUAGCUGAAGGCAUGGCCUACAUUGAGAGGAAAAACUAUAUCCACAGAGACCUGCGAGCAGCCAACAUUCUGGUCAAUGAGACUCUCCACUGCAAGAUAGCAGACUUUGGCCUGGCCAGGAUCAUAGAAACGGAGUACACAGCAAAAGAAGGUGCUAAGUUUCCCAUUAAGUGGACAGCUCCGGAGGCCAUCAACUUUGGAACGUUCAGUAUAAAGUCAGACGUCUGGUCUUUCGGCAUCCUGCUGACUGAGAUAGUUACCUAUGGAAGAAUUCCCUAUCCAGGUAUGACGAACCCUGAUGUGAUUCGUAACCUGGACAGGUGUUACAGGAUGCCCUGUCCGGAGGGUUGCCCUGAGGAACUAUAUGACCUCAUGAUGACCUGCUGGAAGGAGAGACCAGAGGAACGGCCCACCUUCGAACACCUGCAGGAAACUCUCAAUGACUUCUUCAUCGCCACUGAGGGACAAUAUGAGAUGCAGAUCUGACUGUGAACUCAAAGUCAUCAUUCAAUGCUUCUGUCAAAGCCCCCCCCCCCUCCCAGGACUAAUGUCAACGUUUAAACGUUAUUGUUGUAACGCUCGAGGAACACAUGGAAAUUUCAUCUCUACAUCCUUACAUGUCCAUAGUACGAGAUGCAGCCCUGAUUUGAACCAAGCCAUGAUGUAGUGAGAUUGGCCUGGUUGGACCAUGUUACUCAACACAGAUCUACUCUAGUUGCUGCCUGGAACCAUGCUAAAAAGGACCAUGAAAAUAUCAAAGCCAGGACAGUUUGUUUCGGGUCGGCACCGUAGUGUGAAAAGAGUACAACGACUUUUUCACACCACAGUCCGAGAUUCAGCCCUGAGACUGGUUCAUUAAUAUAAGAGGACGGCAAUGGAAACCUCACAGAGUUUGAAGCAGAAAUAGGCUCCUGCAUCUGACUGCACUUAUUUACGUUGGUCCUUGUCUGUUAAGGACUUGUGGCAUAGAAAGAUAAUGGAUGGAUUUAAACAGACAGACUGAUGAAAACGAGACAAAACGAGAGGUCAAUGGAUUGACCAAGAUGACGAUAUGGGACCGAUAGAGACACAAACUGAUCCUGAGACG